UACAUUGGAUCAGUAAAAAAAACUACUAUGUUCAAUAUGCAAGUUGUAGAAUAUCAAAACAUAUGAUGAUGAAGUGACAAUUUGACGAGAAUCAAAUUUCUUAUUACUCGCAACGCGUAUUUUUACAAAUGUAUAUUACUAUCUACAGUGGCAAUACAGGAGAACGAUAAAACGUUAGAUAUUCAAUACUGUAAAGCAACGAUCACCUCUUAAAAAAAGAAUAUUAAGGAAUUCAUCUUUAUUUAUAAAUGUACAUACAAAAAAUGCAUAGCUAUUUUUUGGAAAAUGUUGUGCAUACACAUUAUGUGAGUAAGGAUCACUGACUUACUAACUCAUGAAAAGGAUACAUGAUAUUUAGAAUGCCACAAGUGGAUGGUGCUGCAAUACCAAUAAGGAAUAAUCAUAACGGUGCAGCUGUACAUAAUAUUUUUAACAUAAGUAGUUCAGCAAGAUCAUUAUUAAGCAACAUGAAUACUGCUAGGAAUAAUAAUAAUCAAAAUCCGUUAGUUAAUGUACGAGAUAGAUUGUUUCAUGCAAUAUUUAUCAAAGCUGCGUUAACUUAUGCAAAAACAUUUCCAAGGCCUGUGAGAAGAUUCAUAGAAUUUAUAGUUUUAUUAAAGGCUAUACUCGCAUUUUUCGUGUUAGCUUAUAUUCAUAUAGUAUUUUCACGAGCGCCAACCAACUGUUUAGAACAUAUACGAGAUGAUUGGCCUCGCGACGGUAUACUAAGAGUUGAAAUUCUUAGGAAUGGAGGCGAUGAUUAUAGUAUAGAAAAAAGUUAUGCGAAGGAAGAGAAAUUACGUCAAAUAAAAAUGGAGGAUUUUAGUGCUUUAGGAAUAUUAAGUAGAGAUGGAUUCAUUAAUAUUGAACCGUCUGCUGUGGAUGAAGAACGUGAUACCGCCAAUACAUCAAACGAAGAAAGUUAUGAUAAUUUAACAACAUCCGAAAAAGAAAUAGUUGUUGGACGCACCACCAUGUCUGAGGAAGCAGAAGAUCCAAAUUUAAGUACAAGUAAUGCAACAACAAGUCCUUCGUUAUCUACGAAACUUUGGAAUGAGAUGAAUAUAGGCAACAAACAGACAUCAGACGAGAAGGUGGUUUCCUUAACAAAUGCACAAAAUAAUACUGUGGGACAGGGUACAAGUAAGUCUAAUAAAGAUGUUGUUCAACCUUUAAAAGAACAAAAUUCUGAUGUUAGAAUAGAGGCCCCAAGUCGACAAUAUGUAAUACUCACUUUUUCCUUCUUUCAGACUGUUUCAAUCUCAAUGCUGUUGCGAUAUUCGCAUCAUCAGAUCUUCAUCUUCAUUGUGGAUCUGCUACAAAUGUUGGAGUUCAACUUGACGGUAACGUUCCCUGCAGCAUCUCUACUCACGGUACUCCUGGCUCUCGUCGGGAUGGAAGCAAUCAUGUCGGAGUUCUUCAACGACACCUCGACUGCUUUCUAUAUUAUAUUGAUUGUGUGGAUUGCUGAUCAGUAUGAUGCCAUUUGUUGCCACACACCUGUUACGAAGAGGCACUGGCUUCGAUUUUUCUACCUCUAUCACUUCUCGUUCUACGCGUACCAUUAUCGAUUUAAUGGACAGUACAGCAGUUUGGCCCUCGUCACAUCUUGGCUCUUCAUUCAGCAUUCGAUGCUAUACUUCUUCCAUCAUUACGAGUUGCCAGUUAUACUACAGCAGGCACAAUUACAGCAUGUACUGUUUCGGAAUCGUGCACACGGUUCACCCACUAUGGCUGAACCUUCGCCUGAACCAUCGCCCAGCACGAAUCGGGCACUGGCUACUACCACUACUAUUACGCCUUCAGUGACAGAACCAUCGUUGACAAGAGAACAAGCACUUAUCAGGGAACAGAUACAAGUACCAACUUCGUGGAAUCCACCGCAGUCGGAGUCGAGCUCGACCAUUCCCGAUGACCAGGCCGAGGACCGAAGCGAAGCCGCAGCAGAUGUUUCUCAUUCGAGCGAAGAAGAAAACACCGAAGCGACGGAGAGUCUGACGAUGUCAACAGCGUCGAUCGUCAGCAUGGAAGUAAGCACGGAACCGAAAUCGGAGCCGACAACAUCUAUCAGUUCCGGUCCCUUGAAGACAGGAGGAGACAAUGGUUCAUCCACCGAUACUUCUACGUCGGAGGGGUUUGAAGUGAUCGAGGCCACGGAGGCGAUGCGCAAGGAAACGACAUCCUGUCAAGAGAACUAGAGGAACACUAAAACGCCUCGAGCUGUGCCAGUUGCAUAAAGUGGGAGGAUAGAGUUCCGCGGGAGGGGAAGAGGUUGUCAUUUAAGCGCGACUGCCUCUGUGAGCGGAGCGUCUUGGGAGCUGAAGAAAACCUCGAGGAUCGCAGACAAUUGAACAAGCGGAGAGAAAUCGGGAUCGUUUUCAGCGUGGACCAUACUGGCAGGAUAAAACGUUUAUUUUAUAACUGAUCGAUAUCCGAAUAUUGUGGGACAGCUCAUCCUUCGGGACAAAUAGAGAGCGAAUGGAUGAAUGAGCUAAAAAUGUGUGUGCAUAUACCUUUAAUCCAGUUACAGCGCGUGGCUAGGCAUUAGAGUUUAACGAUAAAAAUUAGCUAAUCGGCAGGGACGUGAAACGGGAUUGUCAACUAGAUUCCGUUGUGCACGGGACCAGAUCACGUGAAGAUGUAAUACGUACUUCGGGAGGAUGGUAUAUGUAAUAUUGCAUUCUUGUGGAAACUUAAGAAAAAGACAAAGAGAUUCAUAACGCCGUGCACAGAAAGUAGGUGGAUUGAAUAUACGAAUGGAUAGAUUAAGAUUUUUUAAAUUGACAUUUGAACGCAGAACGAGCCUAUCUUCCACACACAUUGCUACUAUUUAAUAUUAAAAGAAAGUUUUCAGGGAUUUUUAAUUCCAAACGCGUGAUACUGACAUCGGCGUAUGGCAAUUUCGGGUCACAAUGAGUACCCUCGGCGAACGUGAAUUAAAUUGAGAUCAAUAAACAAUAAACAUAUACUAAUUUUAAAGUAGCCUUCAAGGUAUAGUGAGAUUUUUAAAUUGCCAACGUUUGAACUCUGAUCGAAUUUUUAGCACCGUUACACUACGGAGGCUGUUACAAUUAUAAUUUACAUUUACCUUAUUACUUUAGAGAACCAAUGUUGAUUUACGUUCAAGCUCAUUUAAAAUGUCAAUCUAUGGAUCAUCGGUUUGGAGACAUAUUUGUCGCAAACAUUUUCUAGUUAUUUGAGAAAAAUAAGCAAAUAAGAAGGAUACGUGGUUUAAAAUAUUGACGUUAUUAAGUGUCGCAAUGAUUUGUUAUUUGAUUUUGUAUUGAAUUUUUCGCGCGGUCUUUUCGCGCUUCCGUAAAAGGGCAUUCACGUAAUCGACGUUCCACCGUAUUUAAUCCGGAGGACAUCUGGCACCAGUUUCAUGAGUGGCAUUCUAAAGAACGAAUUCACAGUAAGCUCUCGAGUGUUGUUAGACUUAAUUACCAAUUAAGAAAAUUGUAACGCGUUAAAUGUGUCGGUAUCGCAUGAAACGUUACGUAACGCCGAGCCAGGCUGCACGAUGAAGAAUACGACGAAUGAAGAAAAUGAAAGAACGACGAGAAUUGUUCGUUACCACACACGCCUUGGAGAAAAUAUGCCUUUUAUUUCGUCGAUGAAACGUUUUCACGUUGACGCGAUGUUGUUUUUGAUAAGGCUUUUAAACGGUCGUUGUAAAAUAAGCUUUCUUGUAUUGUAAGUCGCCAGGUGAAGCGUUCUAUCAAGGUUUACGCCAGUGUAUUAAUCGACUGUUCUUUGUUUUUUUAAUCUUGAUGAACGUUGCUGUUGGAGGUGGAUACGGAUUUUCGAACGUACGUCUUUUGAAAAGACAAUUGUUUUUUAGCGAGACCGGUCGCAGAGUUAUGCAAUCGAGAACUGCUGACAGAAUUAGUUAGACUCUGAUACUUACUGCACACAGAAUAUUUAUUGUUUGUCGUGAACGUUCUUCUAUCAGUGUGUAUGGAUGACUGUUCGCGAUUUUUGAGACACGGAAGAAAGAAAUAAAAGCCGUGUAAAGAUCGGUGAUGGGGGUAUGUUUGAAAUCUUGUCAACAGAGAGAAUGCCAGAAUGAAUGAUCAGAUUCUCAUUGUUUUUAAUAUAAUCCGAAAUUGGAUUCAUCUAUGUAAAAUAUUUUCUUAACGUGAUAAGAAUUCGUUUCUUUGGUUGUACAUAUUACUGCACUUCGAAUUAUUACUAUUACUACUGUACUAUUGCUGCUCUUACUGAUAGAAUUAUAAAUAAACGUAAAGGUGUUGCAACUCGGUAUAAUCAUA